AUGGCAGCCAUUCAGAACGAAGUUCAAACUGUGGUAGGCGAGAGUCGCUUUCCAAAACUAGAGGACAGUUCCCAAAUGCCGUACACCAAUGCCGCUAUAUUAGAAUUGCUGAGGUAUAUCUCGCACGUCCCGGUCGGACUUCCGCACCGGACGACAGCCGACGUCACUUUCCACGGUUACGCCAUACCAAAACACACAAUGGUAAUGUACAACGCGUGGUGUUUUCACCACGACAGCCACAAUUGGGACGAUCCCUGGGAGUUCAAACCUCAGAGAUUUCUAGACACGGACGGACAUUUGGUUUCUGCUGAUCAUCCUUUGAGGAAAAACAUGAUGCCUUUUGGAUUAGGACGGCGAUCAUGCCCAGGAGAAGCUUUCGCCAAGUCCCGGAUGUUUCUCUACAUCACAACCUUACUCCAGAGGUUCCACUUUACGCGAGAUCCAACGAGACCUCCACGAUCAUGUGACCCCAGGACUUAUAGAUCGGGUCUUGUCAUGUCUCCGUACGAGUACUGGGUUAAAAUUACACCUAGGAGCUGAACGGGAACAGAUUAUGGACUGAUUGUGUGUUGACCCUCGGGAGGGAAUUUAGCAGACUACUUUAUUUUCAUAUAUGCCCUAAUUAACCUGUAAAUUUACAUAGUUAAAACAGCCAAUCGAUCUAAGAAUCACACUAAAACUUUUUCCAACACGGACUUUGUGUCUGUAGGAACUUCCUCUGUUAAUAUGCUCACGAUAACUGUAUAUGAUUGAGGGGGUAAAAAAUGCUCAAGGGAAAUACGGGUGACGGCAGAUAAGCUUGUCCGUGACUUUCAAGAACCGCGAAUGUUAUCUGCGUGUGUAGAAUAUUACAUUCCAUAGCGAAUGGGUAACACAGUUUGCAAAGAGUACAUACGGUGCCAGGGCUUGGGGUUAUUGGCGUUCCCAGACUAGAUAAACUGACGGCCAAAAGAAAUUUUACAAAGAGUUCAAAUUAAUUUAUUUUGCCAAAGCAAAAAAAGAGAAUGACUGAAGUUUAGUAUAUUGAAAAGACCAAUGACUUUAGAUAUUGAAAGUCUUGAGUAAGAACGGCCAAAACAGCUCUCAAAUCAUUUUACGAGUGAACAAACACAGAAGGGGUAGAAAAAUAGCCAUUCCAUCUUGGUUAACA